CAGCAGCAUGGGCCGGUGGGGCCGCGCCGCGCCCGCGCCCCCUCAGCCGCCGCGCCCCGGCCGCCCGCCCCGCUAGAGACGGGCUGCCCGCCGCCAUGGGCUCCCACCUGCCGCCGCCGCCGCCGCAGCAGCAGCGCCCGGAGCCCCAGCUGGUGCUGCAGCUGGCGGCCGGGGCUCUGCAGGCGCAGAACUUGGAGCUGUCGGGCGCCGGCCUGGGGCCCGAGUGGCAGGUGCUGCUCCGGCGGGCCGACGCGCUGGCCUACGGCGGGCGGCUGCACGAAGCGCUGCCGCUUUACCAGCUCGCGUCCCGACACCAGCAGCUGCGGGCCGAGCAGCUGGAAAAGCUGGUGGAGUGCCUGGCGCAGAGCGUCCGGAUCAAAGAGGGGCUGCCCGCCGCCGGGAGCGGCCCCCCGCAGCCCCGCGAGUGGGACGUCUUCAGGUGCCGCAAAUGCCAGGGCUUCCUCUUCGAGCCCGUUUCCUUGCCUUGCGGACACACGUUCUGCAAAAAGUGCCUGGAGAGGGAGCGGGCGGCCGGGUCCCGCUGCGUGCUGUGCAAGGAGGCGGGCGGCGCGGCGGGCGGGCAGCUCCUGCGGGUCAAUGUCAUCCUCAGCAACCUGCUGGCCAAGUGGUUCCCCGGCCAAGUGAAGGCUUCGCGGCUCAGGCACGAAGGGAACCUCUUGUACAAGGAGAAGAAGCUACAAGCCGCCCUGCAGAAGUACAACGAAGCGGUCAGCCUAGCUCCAAAUGACCACUUGCUGUACAGCAACCGGUCCCAGAUUAACUCCACGUUGAAAGCUUGUGAAGAUGCAUUGCAUGAUGCUGAAACAGCAUGUAGACUGCAGCCAUACUGGUUAAAAGGUCACCUAAGGAAAGGACAAGCAUUAGCUAAUCUGGGGAAAACGGAAGAAGCUUUAAGAGAGUUUUUAUUCUGCCUUGCUCUAGAUACUGGGAACAAGACAGCCAAGUCUGAGGCACAAAAGCUUCUACUUAGUUUGUUUUCACUCAUCCCGGGAAAUGCUCAGGAACACUUACCCGAUAUCCUGCAGCUGUUGUCACAUCACUCUAGAUUAAAGGGGAAUCUCCUAAAUUCAGUGGGAUCUGGAGGCACCAGCCAUAACCUACAAAGGUUACUCAAGGUAAAUGUGGAACAGAAAAAGGGUUUUUCCAUUCAAGAGGAACCAAAUGUAGCUGCUUCUGGUAGUUUGAAGAAAUCUAUACAAAUGACAGAGAGCAAAAUGGACUGCUCAGAGGAGGAGAACAAAGUCACCUCCGUGCCAGAGUCUGCCUUUCUCAUGUCUGAGAAGUGCAGCCUCCUGAAAAGGAAGUGCUGCUCAGAGGAGAUGCGAAAUGCUGAGGUACCCUGCAAGCUGAUGAAAAAAGAUACUGUUGAUAGUAAGGGAAAUAGCAUGGAACAACAUACUCCAUUUGAAUUUGUGGAUCCAUCAGAUUUGGACUGCUCCCUGUGUAUGAGGCUCUUCUAUGAACCUGUCACUACACCUUGUGGACACACCUUCUGUCUCAAAUGUCUUGAGAGAUGCCUGGAUCACAACCCAAAAUGUCCCCUGUGCAAGGAAGGGCUCUCGGAGUGCUUGGCCAUGAGGAAAUACUGUAAAACAGUACUAAUGGAGGAGUUAAUAGCUAGAUAUCUUCCAGAGGAACUCACUGAAAGAAGAAAGAUUUAUGAAGAGGAAAUAGCAGAGCUUUCCAACCUAAAUAAGAAUGUUCCUAUAUUUGUCUGCACAAUGGCUUAUCCUACAGUCCCAUGCCCUUUGCACAUCUUUGAGCCGUGUUAUCGCCUGAUGAUUCGGAGGUGCAUGGAGACAGGCACCAAACAAUUUGGGAUGUGCAUCAGUGACCCUGUAAAGGGGUUUGCAGAUUAUGGCUGCAUUCUGGAGAUAAGAAAUGUUGAAUUCUUUGCUGAUGGUCGCUCUGUCGUAGACAGCAUCGGCAAAAGGAGAUUUAAGGUGAUACAGCACAGCCAGAGAGAUGGCUACAAUACAGCAGAUAUUGAGUACAUUGAGGAUCAAAAGGUGCAAGGACAGGAGUAUGCUGCAUUACUUGUUCUCCACGAUGCUGUCUAUGAUCAGGCAUACAUGUGGUUCAACUCCCUCAAGCAAGCACUCAAAAGUCGAAUUCUCAGUCAUUUUGGUCCAAUGCCAGCCAAGGAUCCUGACCCUCAGUCUAACCCCAACGGGCCAGCCUGGUGCUGGUGGGUCCUAGCUGUCCUUCCACUUGAGAACAGAGCUCAGCUCCCUUUCCUUGCCAUGAAAUCCCUCAAAGACCGCUUGAAUGGCAUCAGACGUGUCCUUACAUUCAUGUCUCGUACAAGAUCACGGUGAUGGUGAGAAGGAGAGCUGGGAAGUCUCCCACAGUACUUGACUGUAGACUGUCUCUUGUAACUUCAUCUAACUGCAAUAAUGUCUUACAGAUUGGAGUGUCAGGGUGUUUCAAGCCUGAAUUUCAAAGAAAAUGAGUUAUAAAGAGCAAGGGAUGUUUAUGGAUACUUCAGCAGUUUCCCUGUGGAACUCUGAGAUGAUUAUUCAAUCACUGCACUGCUAAAUUAAUAACAAAUGUGAUAGAACAAAAAGUGAUCUUGUUUGCCAUAAACCUUUUAAAAAGCUUAAGAGGUUUUUAAUUUAUUUUAUUUUUAUUUUUUUAGUGGAUAAAGGAUAAACUGUGCAGUUUAAUGUGAAGCAGAAAUAAUAAUGUUAAUGCAUUAUUUCAGUGAACUGCAAAGUCUUUUAUUCAAAAUGGUUCAGGUUUUAUAUAGCAUUGUGUAAAAUAAUGUUCACAACUUCCGUUUGAUAAUUUAUUUUUGCACUAUGAUUUUUUUGUUUCAAAAUGUGUAUUAUUUAUGUGUUCAUUCUCUAAAGGAAAGUGAGCCACUCUAUUUAUUUAUAGUGUUUUUACCCUGUAUUUAUAACUGGGGGCAAAAUGAUGAACCUAGCAGUGCACAAGCGACUAAGCAACUGCUUUAAUAAUUUUUCAGAUAUUUGUGUUUAAAUACUUUGAAUGUUUUUCUACUUAUCCCCAGUUCUACUGUAGCCUAAGAAGGAUUUUUUUUUCCUCUGAAACAGCCUGCCAUUAAGUCUUUUGAAUACACAGAUUAUGUCUGAGAUAAUUCAAGUACAGUUGUUGGGGCUUGAUCCUGUGCUUGCAACUAGGUUCCUGAUAUCCCAAAACAGCCAAGCACAUGCUUAACCUUAAGCAUGAGUGCUGAAGUGCUUGGGUAAAUUCAGGGGCUGAUCAGUUGAUGUCAGUGGGAACUGGAGAUAGUGGUGACAGAAGGAUCUAUCCCCUAAUUUUUCACAGAACACAGAAUAACUUGGAGUUUAAUUUAUCUGAACUCGUUUUUGCAAGAAUGGCUAAUGGCUACAAACAACUGCGAAGAGCCACAAUAUAGAAAAAGUGGCUUCUCCUAAAGAAAACUGGAAGUACUGGUAUCAUUUCAUUGUAGGUUACUACAUAGUUUUUUGGUUUUUUACAUCAACUCUUGUUGCUGUUAAGAUCAGUUUUCUUUGUUUGAUGGAAUUUGGCUUUGGAGUUGUGUAUAUGUGGGGGGAGAGGGAGAGUUAUUUUGAACUGUAGGAUUCAGAGGGCAGUUUCUGUCACAUGAGAAGGAAUAUGUUGUAAUAAAUGCUAUUUAUUUUACCCAGAUCUUCAGGUUUCUGUUAGCUUUCAAUCUCUACCCAGACAUUGCAUUUCUCUUAAGAGAUUGGGUAGUGUUGCUAAUAAUAGCUAACUCCUAAGGAAAACAAGUGAAUUUUAGCAUGAUUACUUCUAGCUAUAAAGCAGGUAACAACAGGGCAGAAAUGAGAAUAGGAAGUACCUUGAUUUGAUUUUUUUUUAAUUAAAUCAACAGUUCAUAUACGUGUUUCGCUGCGUUUAUUGCUUUCAGUGUAUCACUUUCUGGGACUGAUCUUGCCUCCAUCUGACUUUGACUUUCACUGAUUUCAAUGUGAGCAGAACUGGGCCUUUUAUUCUAAGCUGCUUUUUUCCUUUGCAGUGGCAAAAACCAGAUUGAAUUGAGAAUAUUGUGGAAUACUACAACUUCCUUUGUUAUUUUUAUCCAGGAUAGCCCUCUUUGCCAUUCCAUGCCUUUAUGGAAAAAUGCAGUAGAAUUUCAUGUCAAUUUUCCAUGUGUUUUUCCAUCAUCAUCUCAUCAGAAAUAUUUACUAGUUCAAAGUAAUUUCCAUACUGUUAAGUUUCCAUAAAACUGCCUUUGUUCCCUCUCCUGUUACAUUCUAUAGAACUUUCCAUCAGGGUACCAAAGAAACAAAUGAAAGACAAACAUGUUCCAACCUUGUGGAGCAUAUGGAAUGCAUAUCCUGUGUUUGCACUGAGCUACUCUAGACAUGCUACAGCUCAUUUCCAUACUGCUGAAUAGCUGCACUUCUUCCAUAGGUGGUACUUGACAUGCUUCUCUGUAAACAAUGUAUAGAAAUACAUACCUGUUGAACAGUAACAUGUAUGGUGGCUGACACCUGCUGUGGCAUUUGUCUUCACAAGUCAGUAACAAAGUGAUUUCUGCUUGUUUGGAAGUGAAGCUGAGUUAAUUGCAAUUCUUCCUUAAACCAUUAUGUAUUAUUGCAUAUAACAUAAGGGGCCCAUAUUGCUCCCCCCAAAGAAAUCUGUUACUCUAAUCUGUGAGAAAAGGAAAUUUAAAAGCUAUUUUAAACUGCUUUCUCAAUGACCUAAUUGUUGUUUUUUCCUGCAUAAUACAUACUCAUAUUCUGCCUCUUUUGCUGAUUUAGAAACUGGCCAUGAAAACUGAAUAUUGUCUUUUCUGUUAGCCUUGAGUAAAGCUGCCAGAAUUUCCUAAGCAGAAACCUGUGUACAUGCCCUAUAUCAAAACACCCAGUGCAUCUGCUACAGCCUGGAAACACUGGACCUACUCCAUGUCAUGCAUACAGUUGAUCUGUGUAUGCACAAAACAAACACACCCAGAAAGCUCAUUUGUACAUGUAGGGCAGCAUUCUGUCUGGGACUGCUCUAUGGCCACACAUCCUAGAUUAAUGGCUAAAGUCUGCAAAUUCCAUCAGAAAGAAAAAAUCUUGAAAAAUUAGAUUUGCUAGAGAACACAAACUGUCCAGGAAAAGCUGGACAAGGAGUAGCCUCAGCCUUCAGUGGGUGGAGGGGGUAAAGUUGCUGUAAUGAGAUUUAAAAAACAAAAAAAUCCUCUAGUUAUGCCACAACAUUGCUGCUUUUUUUUUUUUUCAGUUGUAUUAAGCAGAAACAGGAUGUAAAUGCAACACGUAUUGCAGGCAUGAAUAAACAGCUGAACAGAUUUUUAAAAUAGCUUCAAUGUAAUUAUAGAAACAGCACUGAUCAGAAAAAAAAUACAUGGGGGAGUACUUUAUUUAAGCUUCUCACAUUUUUCUAGACAUAACCCAGUCUUGCUCAUCUGUUAAAAAAUAUUCAUUACUCAAAUUUGCCUUUCCUUUGUGGACAGAAGUAUUGAUAAAUCUUUGCUGUGAGGGCCUAAAUACUGCCUAGGCUUCUUGCUAGUUCUCCAAGGAAGUCCCUUUCUAUUGACCACAGAUCACUGAGUUAGAAUUACAAAAUCAAAUAAAUGGUUUUAUUUCCAAGGAAAUGUGACCAGUCCUACUUUAAAAUUAAAAAAAAAAAAAACAAACAAAAAAACCUGGGGAAUACCAAAAGCAAAUUGUCUGUGCUAGGGGCAGAGAGGGGACCAAGAAUAGAUCCAACUGAGUAAGUGCCAGAUUUCUGGACAAUGUCACCCAAAGAUCUCCCAGAGACUUCUUGAAUUCUUAGACUUGUGUUUGUAAGGUAUGGUUUUGUUAAUUUGAAAUCUCUUCAGUUUUCUGUAAAUGUAUUUAACAAAACACAUUAAAAGAAAUAAAGGCUGGCUGGAUCACCUUUCCAAAUCUCUGUACAUGUACAUUAUAUAGUUUCAAAUUACAAGCAGAAGUUUUCUGCAGGAAGUAAUCCUUAUUUUUCAUUCCCAUAUAUAAAGAGUUAAAACACUGAAAACAACUUUGCCUUGUCUUAUAUGCUUCUGUUGUCUACCAAUAACUUAAAGGGUUAUGCUUCCCUGGAAAUAGCUGUUAUCUUGGCUAGCAUGGCUUGAUUGGAAGUUAACCUGAGCCAGGACAGAAUUAAUUAGGGAAAAUCAUGAAACCUGACUGAACUUGGACACAGUUGUAGAAAGCAGGUCAGUAGUUUUAAUAAUGUAAUGAUAAAAUGGUGUGAUAGGCCAUUAUCAUGCUAAGUCUUAAGUGACAUUCUGGUGUUAGUUGCAGAAGUUCCUCAUGUUAUUUUUUUUAAUUUAAGUGCUGAUACCUAAUUUGCUGUUACUUUGUAGCAAUAAGAGAUACCAGCUGCCACACCAAUGGCUUGGCCUGUCCUUUUGCCUGUAUGACUGCUUACUAACACUACACCUGAACCAUGGAUUUCUUAAUCCAAAGAUUAUUUUAAUCUAAAAAAGAAAAUCGUGUGGAUUUAGAUGUAGCAGGUCUGGCUUAAUCUGUGCUGUAGAGAAAGAGCUUUAUAAAAUUAAGUUGUGUUUUAGAUGGUCUUAUAAUGAUUUCUACUUGGUGCUGAAGUUUUGCUAGUGUUUAAGUCAGUGACAGACAGGAGUUAUAUUUAAGUGCAGUGUUUAGGAAUGGAGAACAUGUUCACAAACUCUUAUAAAGAAAAAAAAAAAGGAAAUUAACUACAAGGUUUUUGUGCAUAAAAAUGCAAAGGAACUAUAUGCACUUAGGGUAGUGCUCCCCAUUCCCCCAGUCCUACAUCAGACAACUCAACCCCUGCUUUCAGCCUCAGCUUAGUUCUCAUUUACUGCCAGCUUCACAGCAUCACUUGUAACUGGUGCAGCAUGUCAGUUAGGAGCUGGGGUUUAUUCCAAAGCCCAGUAAAUCACUGAAAGUCUUACAGCUACAGAAAAAUGGUAGUUUCAGCAAAGUCCCUAUAUUGAAACACUUUGCUAAAUAAAUAUUGUCUGGGUACAAGAAACUAAUCUGCUUAGACAGGAUUAAAAUGGUGGAUAAUAAAAAAACCUGAACUAUUACAUUGAGUUACUCAUCUGGGUAUCGUGAAGUGCUUACUAAUGUUGGAGUUUCAUAAGGUCUAAAGUAACUCUCACAUAGAAGUGCCUGUAUUCUGUUAUUGCCAUUCUUGAGCUUUUUAAUAGAGUCAUAGCCAUAUAUUUUAUAACUAUAAACAUAUGCACCUUUAAAUCUUUACAUUCAAUUUGCAGAACAAAGGUUUACAGAGCAGAAGUGUAGCAAAAACAAUGUAAUAGCUUCUAUAAUUCCCUGGUGAGAAAUGGGAGAAGUACAAAAAUGAGGAGCAAAAUACUAUCUGUGUAAGAUGUCUUACUUUGGCACCAUAUACUUGUCCAAUUUAACUCCAUCAAGCUGUGUGGUUACAAGAGUGCCAGAAAUAUAUCUAUCAAGCCAUUUUAAAUAAAAAGUUUUGUGGACUUGUAUAUUCCAUUUGUUUGUAAAACAUCCUUUUGUGCACUGUAAUGAACUUGAAAUGAAACUUAAGUUAUACUCUCAUAUCACUGAACAGUACUUACUGUUCAGCUACCUCUAAGGUUGAAGUAAUUUGUUUUUUUCCAGAUUUGUUCACAUUGUCAUAUAAAAUAUAUUUUGAAAAAAUCAUAGUCCAAAGAACCUGUAUGUGUUUGUAGAUGUACUUAUAAUUAUGUUGUACCAACAAAGUCUGUGUGGAGAGUUGUUUGCUAAUUAAAAUUUGUGUGUUCUUUA